AACUGGCCUGCGGCGAGGAAGAAGUCACAUGUCCUUCCUGCUCUCUCGUAAUUAAAGUAAUUUAUGAUAAAGAAUUAUUUCGCGCUAAACAAGAGGAACUUGAGAAAAAAAGCGAAAAGAAGGAAUUGACAGCGCAAAAAGUUUGAAGCUUGAAAUAAAAUUAUUGUUGAAAUAUUUCUUGAGGAUCAUAUACAAUCAAAAUGGCAGGACGUGGCAAAAUAAAAUCAGGUAUGUCUUUCUCUAUGGAGCAAUUGGGCUUCUCUAAAGGAGAAAUGUUACCAACACCAGUUUUGCAACCAUCACCAAGUUAUCCCAUGUUAGAUCAUAAGGCUUUACCAGUACAGAUAACAACUGAGAUGGGUUAUUUAGUAGAAUUAAAGAGAGCUUUCACUGAGUAUAUGCGGGAGUCGUCAAACAAUGUGCAAGCUGUUAUAUUGAACGAAGAUAUUGAACGAUAUUGUGAGGAUUAUGAAGAGGCUAUGACAAGAUAUAAUACAUUGGAAUAUGAAUCAAAUUAUGAUUGGAGUAGAAUGCCGAUGGAAUUAAAAUCAUCUCGAAAGCGUAAAAUCCAGCAACAAAGUGUGAAGCCAAGUAAGAAAAGGAAGGUCAAGGUGGAAUUGGACAUUGAAACAAAACUGAUGGAAUUGGAGAAAGAGGAAGAUACAAAGCGGCUUGAUAUAGAGGAAGAAGUGGAAGAAGAAGAAGAGGAUGAAGAUCAGGAAGAGAAGACAAGUGAACGAGUGAAAGAUGAAGAAGAAGUAGAUGAAGAAAUGGAUGAUGGGACUGAUUAUGCAAAUGAAUAUUUUGAUACUGGUGAAAAUUAUUACAGUGAAGACGAUAAUGAUGAUGUAGCUGUUUUUUGAUAUGUAAAUUUAAUGUAUUCUCAAUUUUAGAAUUAUUAAUCUCUCACUAAAUUUGAAUAAUGUAAAUGU